AUGGACUUGCAAGGUAGACUCAAGAAUCUUACAAUAGAUAAAAAGGUUUCUAGAUCAAUGUGUGCUACUGCAAUCAUUGCACAUGAUUUACCGUAUAAAUUUGUGGAGUUUCAAAAAAUUAGGGAUUGGAUGAAAUAUUUGAACCCUGAAUUUUCUCCUAUUUCAAGAAAUACCGCUAAGGCUGAUGUUGAUGAAAUAUUCAAGACAGAGAAAGAAGCUCUUAAGAAGGAGUUAGCUAAUAUUCCCUCUAGAAUUUCACUAACUUCUGAUAUGUGGACAGCUUGUACAAGUGAAGGUUAUAUUUGCCUGACUGCUCAUUAUGUUGAUUCCAAUUGGAAUUUGAAGAGUAAGAUUCUAAACUUUUGUCAUAUGCCUCCUCCACACACGGGAUCUGAAAUGUCAAAAAAGAUUCUUGACUUUUUAUCAGAUUGGGGAAUUGAGAAGAAGAUUUUUUCACUCACAUUAGAUAAUGCUUCUGCUAAUGACGUGAUGCAAGCUCAUUUGAAAAGACAACUUGUCUUGCAAAACUGGUUAUUAUCUGAGGGAGAGUUCUUUCAUGUUCGUUGCUCAGCGCAUGUUUUAAAUUUGAUUGUGCAAGAGGGUUUGAAAGUAAUUGGUGAUGCAUUGGAAAAGAUUAGGGAAAGUGUUAAAUAUGUGAAGGGCUCUGAGGGUAGAAUGAAAAAAUUCAAGGAAUGCAUUGAACUCAUUGGCGGUAUUGAAACAUCGGCUGGUUUAUCUUAUGAUGUUUCCACUAGAUGGAAUUCUACUUAUUUGAUGCUUCAAAGUGCAUUAAAGUACCGACGUGUAUUUGCAAGCCUUAGUUUUCAUGAUGAUAAUUAUAAGGUUUUCCCUUCCGAAGAAGAUUGGAAAAGAGGAGAUAAGAUAUGCACAUUCUUGUUGCCAUUUUAUGAGACAACAAACUUAAUUUCCGGAACGUCUUAUCCUACUUCCAAUUUAUAUUUUUUGCAAAUUUGGAAAAUUCAGUGUGUUUUGAUGGCAAGCAUCAAAGAUGAAGACACUCUUAUAAGAGACAUGGCUGAAAGAAUGAUGAUCAAGUUUGAGAAGUAUUGGAGUGAUUAUAGUGUGGUUCUUGCUCUAGGAGCGGUUCUUGACCCAAGGAUUAAGCUUACCUCUUUGGAAUACAUGUAUGAAAAAGUUGAUCCACUUACCUCAACAAUUAAAACAAAUGAAAUCAAGCAGAAAUUGUACACUCUCUUUGAGAUAUAUCGUCGCCUUCAUACUUCGUCUUCUACAACCUCUCAAACUCCAUCUUCCAUCACUAGAGGGGAAUCAAGUUCACACGCGUUGACUAAAAGUUUGUUCAAUGAUUUGAAAGCACACAAACAACAACUUGCAACAGAGACCGGAAAGUCUCAACUUAAUGUUUAUUUGGAUGAGUAUUAG